AUGCCCCUUCUCGCCAUGUCCCCCAACAUCCAGGACGGCGGCACCGAAACGCCGUCCCGGAAGAGAACCCUUAUGGACUUUCUCGGGGGAGCCAACGCCCAGACGGCCAAGGCGGCCGCUCUCGCGACCAAGCCUUCCACCCCCAGCAAACUCCAGCUCGUCACCGAUGCCGACAACCUUGCUUCCUUCGAAAAGGAACAGCAGAAGGAACAAAAUGGCACGGGCGAACCUACAUCCCCCAUUGACCUCAUGGCCAUUGACUCUCCGUUGUCCGAAAUGUCUGAUGAUGCGCUGUCUCUCCUCACCGACGACGCCGGCAGCAGCACACCGGCCCGCCGGUCCACGUCGCCCAAUGCCACACCAUGCAAGUCGUCCGCCGGUGCGUCCCCGCAAGUCGUCAUCACCAUCGACGCGACACCACCACCAGGCCUCUCCGCCUCAGCCACCACGACCACAACCACGACACAACCACCAGCUGCCAAACGCAAGCGCCUGACACCCAGCGAGCGCGAAGAAAAGGCCAAGGCGGACGCCGCGCGGAAACUAGAAAAGGAAAAGGCGGAAGCGGCACGAAAGCGCGAGAAGGAAAAGGCCGAGGCCGCCAAGAAACAGGAGCGUGACGAGCAAAAGGCGGCUGCCGAGGCCAAGAAGAAGGCGGUCGCCGAAGAAAAGGAGAAGAAGCGCAGGCAAAAGGAGGAGGAAGACCGGCGGAAGAACGAAGAGAAGGAAAAGAAGCGGAAAGAAAAGGAGGACGAAGACCGGCGGAAGAACGAGGAGAAGGAGAAGAAGCGGAGAGAAAAGGAGGACGAGGAGCGCAAGAUCCAGGAAGCCAAGGACAAGAAGGAGCGGAGCCAGCUUCGACUCAACUCCUUCUUCAAGACCCCCAGCAACAGCAGCGCAUCUACGUCCGUCUCUUCCACCGCAGCAGUCACAACAGCAUCCGGGUCGCUGCUACCGGCUGGCAGCUCACCACGGAAGCCGGCGGCCGUUCGCGGAAACUCUGCGUCGCCACGGAAGCCAACAUCAUUUGCCACGGGCGACGCCGCGAGCCUGUCCGAGUCGGGCACCGUCGCUGCCGAGGUGUCAGAAUAUGACCGCGUCUUCAAGCCCUUUUUCGUCAAGGAAAAUGUCGUCAUGGCCACCGACCUCUAUGGCAUGGACGACGAAACCAAGGAGGCCAAGUCGCGCAUCCUCGACGAGUUUCUCGCAGGCUCCCGUGGCGAGUUUGCACCACCGCAGCCUUUCAGCGCAACGACUGCUGUCGACUACUUCCACCUGCCUGGCAACCCGGCACUGGCACGCGGUCGCAACCGUCCUACGGUACGCAAGAUCAUGAAUAUGCUAGGCCCUAAUGCCAUGUACGGUGGCCUGCGCAGCGGACUUGACGGCGAAAGUGACGCGCAAACCAAGCUGGCGCUGCAUCUGCUCCAGUCGACACCCAUGAAGUACCUUUUCUUCCGCGAAGAUGUGCGCCCGGCCUACUUUGGCACAGUCACCAGCCAACCACCAACCGCGCGGCUGUCGAAACUGGCCCGCAACCCACUUGCCAAGACGGUGCUGCCCCUCAACUACGACUAUGACUCGGAGGCUGAGUGGGUGGACGACGGCGAUGGUGAGGACGUUGACGACCUGGACGACGACGAAGAGGAGCUGGACGACGAUGGCGAGAUGUCUGAUUUCCUGGACGACUCGGAAGACGCCAUUCCCCUGCGACCAGCAUUUUCGGGUGGCAUGGAGCCCGAGAGCACGGGCGUGUGCUGGGAGAACGAGCAGCGAAUGGCGUGCAAGCCUGCGCUGGACAGCUUCCGGAUGGAGUUUAUUCUGGACCACGAUGGACCGAUUGAUCCUUUCUCGACACAAUACUGGGAGACAAAGGACCCAGCACCAGCACCCGACGCAACAACUACAGCAUCAGGCACGCCGAGCAAAUCCAAAGCCAUGGCGCCACCACCUGCUCCGUCUGACGCCUUUGCUGCAUUGGGAGCGGGUGCCGCAGCGGCCAGUUCAUUGACAAAAUCCGAUCCGGCCACGUCAGCAUCGUCGGCUUCGUCCACAUCGGCCGCGCCGGCGGCAGCAGACGCAAACAGUGGCAAGGCUGCGGACCCGAAGAAGGCUGGUGUUGCCGCCGAGUUCGUGCCGGACUUGAAAAAAUCCAUCCUGCAAUAUGCCAAGCUCAGCAAGUUGGGCCUGGUCGAGAUGUUGUCGGUCGAGUUCAUGGGCAAGUGCACCAAGGGCCAGAUCAAAAACUCGCUCGAGGCACUGGCCGAACGGACAGGAACGGGGAUCAACAAGACGUGGAGGCUCAAGGCGUGA